AUGGCUGAUGGAGAACAAUUAUCGAAACUGAGACAUUGGAUUGAGCAAACGACUAAAGACGAUGCAGGAUUUGUGGAGCACAAGACAUUCGAGCAUGCUUCGAAACCGGCAAAAGGAUCAAGAGAACACAUAUCAAAGGCUAAAGGAUCGAGAGAACAGGAAUCAAAACCGAAUAAAAGGUCUCGGGAGCCAACUUGGAACGAGAAAAAACGAUCCGGAGAAGAAGUUUCGAAGGGAUCGCAUGAAAAAGCAUCGCGAAAUCGAAAAAGUUCGAAGGAGAAAAAGAAAUUCAAAAAUAAAAAGUCGAAGGAAGCUGAGUCAUUGGAAAACGACAACACAACCCAUCAUUCAUCGGAUGAUCAGGAAUCGAAAGAAUCGAAGAAAACAAAAUCGCAAUCGAAGCGUUCGCGCAAAAAUAUUAAGAAAAAGAAGAACAAAUCAAAACCAAGUAAAUCGAAUUCAUUAAAAGGCUCUAAUGAGAAAUUGUCCAACGAAAGUUAUUCCAAGUCGUCAAAAGGGAAAUUAUCGAAAAAUAGCAAAGAAAAAUCAUACAACAGCAAAGAAGAACCUGAUCGGGAAUGUUUCGAAACUCCUGCCGAUUUCGUGAUCACCAGUUUAGGGCUCGCUGUCGGCUUGGGAAAUAUUUGGAGAUUUCCAAUGAAGGCGUUCGAAAAUGGCGCAUCAGCAUUCCUUAUUCCCUACAUCGUCUGUGCUUUCAUAUUCGGCUUUCCCGCGAUUUAUAUGGAAUUGGCUCUCGGCCAGAGUUCGCAAACGACUCCACCGAUUGCAUUUCGACGGAUCAUGCCAGUUCUCGAAGGAGUUGGUUGGAUGGGGACAACUGUAUCUUUCACUAUUGCUGUCUAUUAUAUUGUCCUCAUCGCUUGGAUUACAAUUUAUUUGUUUGACGUAUUCACUGGGAAAACGUCAUCAAUGACGAAAUGCGGAAAUCCGUGGAACGUUGCUGAUACUUGUAUCGACAUGAUCAAACAAAACAUUUGUUCGAAUAUCGCAAACAGCACCGAAAUGAUUUUCAUCAACGGUGGAUGCCGUAAUAAAAAUGAAUUUUCAAAUCGGACCUUAACAUCUGCCAGUGAGCAAUACUUAAGGUAUAACGUAAUUCGAUCUUCUUCUGGAUUAUUGGACAUCAAUGAGAUCAAUUAUCCCGUCUUCGCUGCUAUGACGUUUUGUUGGAUUUUAACCGCUCUGGGCAUCGUUAAAGGGAUGAACAUCAUUGGAAAACUAUCAUACGUUGGUGUACUUCUUCCCUAUAUUCUAAUAGUCGUUCUUUUCUUUCGCGGAAUAACAUUAGAAGGCGCCAGUACAGGCCUUUAUUAUUAUUUUCUGAAUCCGGACUUCUCAAAAGUGUUUUUGACAACGACAUGGUGUGAGGCUUUGAAACAACUCUGCUUCUCAUUGGCGAUCGGAAGUAGCGGAUUGAUGAGCAUGGCCUCGUAUAACAAGAAAAAGAACAAUUGUUUUAGGGACACUCUUAUUAUCAUCACCGGCGACACAAUGAUGAGUAUUGUGGGAGGAGCUGCUGUAUUCUCGAUUUUGGGAUUUUUGGCGCAACAACGGGGAGUAACUGUGCCAGAAGUCGUUGAAAGUGGAAUGUCUUUGGCUUUUGUCGUUUAUCCAGAAGCUAUGGCAAGACUACCGGCAUCUGCCGUCUGGAACGGAUUAUUCUUGGUAAUGCUCUUCUUUUUAGGCAUAAGCUCUGAAAUGGUUCUCGUUGAAGUGCUCUGUUCGUGCAUCGCAGAUCAGAGUCGAACAUUACGAAAGUACAAAUAUGCGAUUGUGUUAGUUACCUGUGCUUUUCUAUAUGCCAUCGGAUUAGUUUUUUGUACUGACGCAGGUUUUUAUUGGUUUGAGAUGUUUGACAAUUAUGCUGGAUUCAAUGGCUUGAUAACCACCGUCGUUGAAAUUCUGGUUGUCGCCUACUUCUAUGGAAUCAAUAAUUUUCGCGAUGAUAUAUCCGAAAUGAUUGGAAGCCCCCGAAACAAAUUCACACGCAUUUUCGGCCCAUCUUCAGUAUAUUUCGAUUGGAAUUGGCGUUUGAUUUCACCAACAAUUGGCACAUUCGUUGCUAUUUUAUCAAUAUUUCGAGAUUAUCCAUUCAUGAACGAUCCAAAAAAGUAUCCGGCGUUGUUUGAUGUUGGUGGAUGGAGCACUCAACUCAUUUCUCCACUCAUGAUCCCGUUGUUUGCUAUCCUCACGUACUACAGAUUUCGCCGAGCAAAAUAUUUUGGAUUCAUUCAUGAAAGCAUUAGACAGCUCGUCAUUCGAAAAACAAGCGAAGAAAUAUGGCUGCAAGUCUUAGAAUGA